AUGGAAUCGAUCAUGGAGAAACUGACGGAUUUGCGAAAUGAGUCGAAUCAGAGACGGAUUAAUUCAGAGAGGUCUGAUGAAGACACUAAAAAUCUUAUCUGGUGGAGAGUGGCCAACCAGGCUCUCUUCACCGGAAAACAGAAAGCAGCGGUUCAAGGGUUUGAAGCCUUUGUGUUGGAGAACCAAAUGCAGGGGACAGUGACUCCCACUUAUGUGAAGAAGAAGUGGGAGAACCUCAAACAAAAAUACAAAGAACUUAAGUGUCCACCUACUGGGGUAAGUACAGAGGGUGGUGAAGCAACAGCAGCAUCCUGGAAAUGGUAUGCGGAUAUGGAUGAGGCAAUAGGUAGGAGACCAUCAAUUAGCCCACCGACCCUUAUUUCCUCAUCUGGCCAGGAUGCUGCUGAAGCUUCACCAUCCUCAAGAAGCAUGGAAACCCCAGCCAAAAAGAGACGAGGGGAGAAAGAUUUAGUUGCGUAUCUGAGGGAGAUGGAAGAAAGGGAAAAUGAGAGGGAGAUAGAAGCAGCAGAGAACGAGGAGAGAAGAUGGAGAGAGGCUGAGGAGAGGGAGGAAAGAAUAGAAAGGGAAAGAAUAGAACGAGAGGAGAAGAGAGAGCAAGAGGCGCACCAGAUAGAGGAAAAGCGAGAUGAUACAGAGGUUGUGGAGCACCGCACCGCAUGCAACAACCUCCGGGGCGAAGACAGGGCUCACCUCAAGGGCUUUAAAGAAAAUGGAACGCCAUCUGGUCUUCAUCAUUCCAAAAGCUCUUUCCACCACAUUCCUGGCCUUGGACAGUUUGCUGUUAAAACGAGCCUGUACAGGGUUCUGCACAGGCUCUCGAUAGGGGGUCAGGAGCCGGAUGGUUGUAUUAAUGCAGGGAUAACCCCCAUCCCCAAGAAUACCCAAAAUCAGCUCCACAAUCACAUCAAGAGCUGCAACCAUGAUAAAUAUGAGACUCUGGUGAAGAUUAAGACUGAACAUGAGGAUCUGACGCCCACCAGAAGCUCCAGUAAUCAGCAAACGUCCUCUGGUACUGUCAGCAUUAACACCUCUCUCAGUCCCACACAGGAAGAAGGAAACGUCUGCUCACAGUGUGGGAAGAGCUUCAGGUGCCUGAGUGCUCUUAAAAUACACCAGCGCAUUCACACUGGAAAGAAACCGUAUCAGUGCUCCCAGUGUGGGAAGAGUUUUAUUACACAGAGUAAACUCAAAAUCCACCAGUGCAUUCACACUGGAAAGAAACCAUAUCAGUGUUCACAGUGUGGGAAGAGUUUUAAUCAACAGGGUAAUCUCAGAAUACACCAGCGCAUUCACACUGGAGAGAAACCUUAUCAGUGCUCACAGUGUGGAAAGAGUUUUAAUACAAAGAGUGUGCUUAAAAUACACCAGCGCGUUCACACUGGAGAGAAACCGUAUCAGUGCUCACAGUGUGGAAAUAGUUUUAAUACACAGAGUGCUCUGAAAAGACACCAGCACAUUCACACUGGAGAGAAACCAUAUCAGUGCUCACAGUGUGGAAAGGGUUUUAAUACACAGAGUGCUCUCAAAACACACAAGCACAUUCACAGUGGAGAGAAACCGUAUCAGUGCUCACAGUGUGGAAAGGGUUUUAAUCAACAGAGUAAUCUCAAAAAACACCAGCGCAUUCACACUGGAGAGAAACCAUAUCAGUGCUCACAGUGUGAAAAGAGUUUUAAUACAAAGAGUGAGCUCAAAAUACACCAGUGCAUUCACAGUGGAGAGAAACCAUAUCAGUGCUCACAGUGUGGAAAGAGUUUUAAUGUACAGAGUCAUCUGAAAAGACACCAGCGCAUUCACACUGGAGAGAAACCAUAUCAGUGCUCACAGUGUGGAAAGAGUUUUCAUGGACAGAGUGAUCUGAAAAGACACCAGCGCAUUCACACUGAAGAGAAACCAUAUCAGUGCUCACAGUGUGGAAAGAGUUUUAAUACAAAGAGUGAGUUUAAAAUACACCAGCGCAUUCACAGUGGAGAUAAACCAUAUCAGUGCUCACAGUGUGGAAAGAGUUUUAUUACACAGAGUAAACUCAAAAUACACCAGCAGAUUCACACUGGAGAUAAACCAUAUCAGUGCUUACAGUGUGGAAAGAGUUUUAAUCAACAGAGUUAUCUCAAAAAACACAAGCGCAUUCACACUGGAGAGAAACCAUAUCAGUGCUCACAGUGUGGAAAGAGUUUUAAUACAAAGAGUGAGCUUAAAAUACACUUGCGCAUUCACACUGGAGAGAAACCAUAUCAGUGCUCACAGUGUGGAAAGAGUUUUAAUAAACAAAGUAAUCUCAAACAACACCAGCGCAUUCACAUUGGAGAGAAACCGUAUCAGUGCUCACAGUGUGGAAAGAGUUUUAAUAGACAGAGUGCUCUCAAAAAACACCAGCGCAUUCACACUGGAGAGAAACCGUAUCAGUGCUCACAGUGUGAGAAAAGCUUCAAGUGCCUGAGUGCUCUCAAGAUACACCAGCGCAUUCACACUGGAGAGAAACCGCAUCAGUGCUCACAGUGUGGAAAGAGUUUUAUUACACAGAGUAAACUCAAGAUACACCAGCACAUUCACACUGGAGAGAAACCAUAUCAGUGCUCACAGUGUGGAAAGAGUUUUAAUCAACAGAGUUAUCUCAAAAAACACAAGCGCAUUCACACUGGAGAGAAACCAUAUCAGUGCUUACAGUGUGGAAAGAGUUUUAAUACAAAGAGUAAGCUUAAAAUACACCAGUACAUUCACACUGGAGAGAAACCAUAUCAGUGCUCACAGUGUGGAAAGAGUUUUAAUAUACAAAGUAAUCUCAAAAAACACCAGCGCAUUCACACUGGAGAUAAACUGUAUCAGUGCUCACAGUGUGAGAGAAGCUUCAAGUGCCUGAGUGCUCUCAAGAUACACCAGCGCAUUCACACUGGAGAGAAACUGCAUCAGUGGUCACAGUCUGGAAAGAGUUUUAAUGGACAGAGUAAUCUCAAAAUAAACCAGCGCAUUCACACUGGAGUGAAAGCGUAUCAGUGCUCACAGUGUGUAAAGAGUUUUAAUAUGAAGAGUGAGCUCAAAAAACACCAGCGCAUUCACACUGGAGAAAACCAUUAUCUGCUUCCGGAAUCAGAUACUAACAGAGUCUGUACUAGAUUGGAGGAAGUACGCAGCGCUUUCAGUACAGAAGUAACAACACCCCUACGUACUACGUCCGCCAUCUUACCAACGUCAAGUAAUGAUGUGAUGAGCUCAGGAGAAAUCAGGUGAGAAUCAGCUUCUCCAGGAGAGUC